AGUUGCAACAGAAAAGACAAACGUAUAUUCUAGCGAGAUGUCACCGUUGCAGGUCCCAUCAUUUUGGUUUUUUAAUGUGCCCACCAAGUGUUUGAUGAAUGUCUUGACUGAAAACAAACCAUGCUACGCGUAUAUCUUUUAAGUUUAUUAUUUGGUGAAGAACUAGCUGUUGUUGUGUAUGGAGAUGGAGGGAAGUGUUUGUUCAGAUUUGUACAGAAACACGAGCGAGGAGAUGUUUAUUAGAACGUUGAUGGAGAGUUCGGUCGGGUUACCAGCACCGACGAUGGAGAAUCUUGGGUUCAAGAAUCUUUCUAAUAACUUAAGGGUGGAUAGUGAAGAGCUCUUCAAAAGCUGGCUCACUACUGGAGAAAAUCAAGGCCAUAGUUCAACUCAUAAUCGUCCUCCUCGGCAAUUAUCAAGCAGGAUGCUCACUGAUCAAGCUAGUCAACAAAACUGUGUUCCGCCCCAAAGUCCUUGGGUAGUCAAUGAUGCCUCGGGUGACAUGAAUGGACAUUCAGUCAGGGGUCCUGCAGAAAAGGGGUUGCAGGGUAGCAAUUUAUACCUGGCUAAGGCAUGGUUUAAUAGUUCCCAACCAAUGACCAGAAGUCGUUCAUCAGAAUUAAGGAGGAAGUAUGUUGCAAUGCAAAACUCACAGACAACAAUCAAUAUAGAAGCGAUGCAUAAUGAAUCAAGGCUUGCAGUCAACCAAUCGAAAAAUGAUUUUUCCAACCCCUUUAAUGAUCUGAUCUCCACAUCUAAUUCAUCAUCAUCUACUUUUAACGGCCCACAGGUCGAUAAGGUUUCUUCUGUUGUGAGCAUGCUAAAGGGUUCAUUAGAACGCAAGAAGCUUGAAAACCGUGUUGAAAAAGAAGUGACCGAUAAUUCUUUAGAAUAUCGCACUGCGCAAGAAGUACGCGAAGUCCAUUUAAAUGAUUUAAUAGUUGGUGAUAUCAACGAUGGUGUGUUAAUGCAAAGACUUGAAGGAGCUAUGGAUGCUGACCUGGAGGGAUUUGUGGCCCCCACAAAUCUAAUUCAGAGAAAUGCCGGAUCUCGAGAAGCUUCACAAAGUGAAUCUUCUGCUGAUCCGCAUGCGAUUUCAACAGGAUUCGAGGUAUCUGACGGUCCAAGCAAUUCUGGUCAAUCACAAGGUGUUUGCCACAGCCCCCGAAAGGUAUUUGGAAAUGGGAAAUAUACGGAAACGGGCAGCCUUGCAAAAGGAGAUCCAACAAAGAAGCGCAGGGUAGAAAGGUCACGGAAAAUGGCGGAAGCAAAAGGGAAAACUCAAACAUCAGCAACUUCAUCCGAUGUGCAAUCUAUUUUGAAGCGAUGUGAAAAUCUUGAGAAGGAAGUGCGGUCACUCAAACUUAAUUUAGCGUUCAUGAACAGGAAAGAUUCAGAACAGACUAAGCAGAUCGAAGAUCUCCAGAAGCAGAACGAAGAAAUGGGAGAUGAAAAAGAACGUCUCUUAGAAGAGAUAGAUAGAAUCUUAUCCCGACAAGAUAAGAUGUGAUCAUUCAUUUUUUGCUUUUCCGAUAGCUGAUACGACCACAUAUAUUGGGCCUAACUAAAAGCGCUUCUCAGGGCACUAUUAUUACAAAAACAUAAUUCUGAUGUCUUACCGUUACAAAUAUUCUUUUUACCAUUAAGGUGAUUACUAUUGAAA